UAACGAAACCACAAUCCUCCCUCAACCAAACAACAGUGUUCUCUUCCAAACCACAACUGUGAUGGCCAUUUCCUGUUCUGCAGAAUGGUCUCUUGCUUGCACUAAAUGUUGCAGAACAACCCAUCACGUGCAUGCAUUCACCCCCACGUGCCACUUCCCUUCCUUGUACACUGUCCCACCACGCUUCUUCCAUGUCAAUUUCUCAGCUUCUCCCACACCCAUUUUGGAAGAAGAACCUUCCAACACCCCCAUCAUCCAUGUAGAUGUUAACUUCGCCGAUGUUCAACAAUAUUCCACGCAAGGAACUGAGAACUUGAACGAGUUUCUAUGUGGGCUAUUCGAGGAUCCGAAAACUAAGGAACUUGCAUUUGACUACUACCAAAGGUUGAAAGACAGGCCAGAGUUUAGGCCCGAGAAAUCAAUACUAAAGCAUGUGAUCAGGUACUUGAUGAGAUCGAAGAAAUGGGAUUUCAUUUUAUCAGUUUUAGAAGACUUUAAGGUUUACCAUGUGUUGCCUGAUAGAGCUACUUGCUCUAGGUUGAUUAAGUUUUGCAUUGAACAUAGGAAAUUCAGGCUUGCUGAGGUUCUGCUUGAUGCUUUUAAAUCUGAUAGUAAAGUUGCUUGCUCAGCUUUUAGUUCUGCCAUGAGAAGUUACAAUAAGCUGCAUAUGUUUAGGAGCACUGUUUUGGUCUUUCAGAGAAUGAAAUCCUCUAGUGUUGUUCUGGAUUCAAGAGGCUAUUUACACAUAAUGGAUGCUUACUCUAAACUUGACAAGUGUGAGAGAGUGGUUCAGUUGUUUCAUGAAUUUGAAAGUAGGAAGUUGAGAGGUUCAACAAGGUAUUUAGCUCAGAUAUAUGUGAUUCUGUGUGAGUCAUUAGCGAAGUGUGGAAGAGCUUUUGAAGCACUUGAUUACUUUAGAGAGAUGACUAAGAAAGGGAUUUCAGAACACUCAAUUUACUCUAGUUUGAUAUACUCUUUUGCGAGUUUGCGCGAGGUUGAUGUGGCCGAGGAGCUUCUUAGAGAAGCUAAAAGCAAAACAAUGAUAAAGGACCCUGAGGUCUAUUUAAAGCUUGUGCUUAUGUAUGUUGAAGAAGGUCUGUUGGAGAAGACUUUGGAAGUUGUUGAGGCAAUGGAGGAUGCCGAUGUCAAGGUUUCUGACUGUGUACUAUGCACUGUUGUCAAUGGCUUCAGCAAGAAAAGAGGGUUUUCAGAAGCUGUUAAGGUUUUCGAGGAGCUAAUUUCCAAGGGCUAUGAACCUGGUCAAGUCACCUAUGCUUCAGUUAUAAAUGCAUACUGGCGACUUGGGCAAUACAACAAUGCAGAGAAGGUGUUUUCAGAGAUGGAGGAAAAGGGGUUUGAUAAAUGUGUGUAUGCUUAUUCAAGCAUGAUUGUGAUGUAUGGCAGAACUGGGAGGGUCAGAAGUGCAAUGAGGUUGGUGGCUAAGAUGAAAGAGAGAGGGUGCAAACCAAAUGUGUGGAUCUAUAACUCCUUGAUAGACAUGCAUGGGAGGGACAAGAAUUUGAAGCAACUUGAGAAGGUGUGGAAAGAAAUGAAGAGAAGAAAGGUAGCACCAGAUAAGGUGACUUACACUAGUGUCAUUGGUGCUUAUAGUAAGGCAGGAGAGUUUGAAACCUGUGUGAAGCUUUUCAAUGAGUAUAGGAUGAAUGGGGGGCUAAUUGAUAGGGUCAUGGCAGGAAUAAUGGUUGGUGUGUACUCCAAGGUUGGUCAGGUUGAUGAUCUGGUGAAACUCUUACAGGACAUGAAGACAGAAGGAACAAGACUAGAUCAGAGGCUGUACCAAUCUGCUUGGAAUGCUUUUAAAGAUGCUGGAUUGCAACUUCAGGCAAAAUGGAUGAAAGAGAGCUUCCAAGUGACAUAAGCUCUAUUUGGAUAAACUUUUCUGAAAGAAUUUUGAGGAGAACAAAUUAGGAAGGAAAAAUUAAAUAAACUUCUCCAUAAAUUAAAAUUAGUUUAUACAUGAAUUAUUUUGUAAAAACUCUUUUAUUAGCUUCUUCAAAAUCUUAUUUUAAACUCAUAUAUAAGUUAGUUUAGUUUAUGGAGAAGUUUAUUUUGAUUUUCCUUUCUAUUUUUCUCUUCUACAAGUAUUUUUGAAAAAGUUUAUCCAUGCUCAUAUUGAUGUUUCAAUUGCAAUCAGUGGCCACAUCUGAAGUUGAAAUAUGUGAAACCGGUAAUUUGAUACUUGCUUCUUCUGGCACAUGAGGGGAGAAAAAGAUCUACUAUAGACAUAUAUCAUGUACAGGUUUUGGGGAUAGAAGGCUCUGGCUUGUACAAUUUAGCUAUAUGCCCUUUUUAUUGUAUGCUUCCAAAAUUGUACUCAAGUAACGUCUUUUAAUUGUGACUUUCACAACCCAAGUAAAAGGCCAUUAGAAGCAGCACAGGAUGAAACUGCAUAGGGUGUAAAGUAUUUCUGAAACAAACAUGAUCAUAACAUUUAGUUCAAGAAUAUCUUAUUGAGUGUAGCUAGCAUACUAGCAUAGCAUCCAUUGCAGAGUUAUUCUAUCUGUUGGACAUUCAUUGCA